AUGCAUCAUACAAUACAGUUAUUUGACGCAUUAUAUCAGCGUUAUAUUGAUUUGGAUGAAGAAUAUUUUGAGGAAAUACGAGAACAUCUACUUCUAUCGUUUCAAACAUUGUCAUCUAAUGUUCUGAAAUUUCGUCUGGUUAAAAAUUAUGUUGAUUCUUCACCCACUGACGGCUCUUAUGAUAACCAGGAUGGGAUAGAACUGGAUGAUCAAACGAUAUCGCACAGAGGCACAGAAGCUAUGGAACAGGAUUUGCAAGAAACAGCUUCGCUCGAAACAUUUAAGCUCAAAGAAGAAUAUUUAAAAGAAGAACUUUUUUCAGAAAGUGUAUUUGGCGAGAGCAUCACAUGCCACGAAAUGUCGCCCUCAAUAAGCGGUAUAGAGAAACAAUUACGGUUUGUGGCUAACAUUACCGAGUUGCAACGUCCCCAGUGUUGGAGUGAUGUUUUUCCAAAGUCUCGAAAGAAGAAAAGUAAUCAUUUUAUACAUGAAACAUUCAGAAAUAAAGUUUGUAUUUUAUUUGAACAGAAAAGAUCAAGAAGGUCAAGCUACUAUGAUUAGAAACAAUAGACGCGGACGACCACAUGGAAUUAAUGGUAGAAGUCAGUCUCAUGAAUCGCGUAUAUGGAUUAAAUCAGAAAAAAGAUCAAGCAAGAGGACAUAUCCAAUACUGGGCGUAAGCGUCAUUUUUCUUCUUCAGUGCUUAACUGUGUUUCUUAUUAUUGGUUUAAGCUCACGCCGUAUCAUCGCAACAAGAUUGAAAAUGAUAGAUGUAACUUGGCCAUAUUUGUCUUAGCUGAUGUGGGGAAUGAGUCUACAAAUGAUAUAAUAAACAAGAAACCAUGUUAUUUACAUCCGACACAGUCAC